AUGGCAACCCAUAACAUUGUUGUGCUCGGUGGUGACCACUGUGGUCCUGAGGUUGUCGGCGAGGCAGUCAAGGUUCUGAAGACGGUCGAGUCUCUGAGUCCCUCAGCUGGCAAGUUCAACCUCCAAGAGCAUUUGUUUGGUGGUGCCUCCAUCAACGCUCACGGCACUCCUCUCACUGAGGAGACCCUCAAUGCCGCAAAAUCAGCCAACGCUGUCCUCUUGGGCGCCAUUGGAGGUCCCGAAUGGGGUCCCUCCUCCCCCGUCCGCCCAGAACAGGGUAUCCUCCAGCUGCGCAAGGAGCUCGGCACCUAUGGCAACCUGCGACCCUGCAGCUUCGCCUCCGACUCUCUGGUUGACAGGUCUCCGCUUAAGGCAGAUGUCUGCCGGGGGACCGACUUUGUCGUCGUUCGUGAGCUGACCGGAGGUAUCUACUUUGGCGAUCGCAAGGAGGACGACGGUUCCGGGUUCGCCAUGGACACGGAGCCCUACAGCAAGGCCGAGAUCGAGCGGAUUGCUCGUCUGUCUGCUCACCUGGCUCUGGCACAGGACCCUCCUGCCAAGGUCUGGAGUCUGGACAAGGCCAACGUCCUGGCCACCAGCCGGCUGUGGAGGAAGACCGUCACGGAGCUGUUCAAGAACGAGUUCCCUCAGCUCCAGCUCGAGCACCAGUUGAUCGACUCGGCCGCCAUGUUGAUGGUGAAGAGCCCGCGUACACUGAACGGUAUCGUCAUGACGAGCAACCUGUUCGGUGACAUCAUCAGCGACGAGGCCAGUGUUAUCCCCGGCAGCAUUGGUCUGCUGCCCAGUGCUAGUCUUGGCGGUCUGCCAGACGGCAAGAGCAAGUGCAACGGAAUCUACGAGCCUAUUCAUGGUUCGGCACCCGACAUCUCAGGAAAGGGUAUUGUCAACCCUGUCGGCACCAUCCUGUCGAUUGCCAUGAUGCUCAGGUAUUCCCUCGGCCUGCCCAAAGAGGCGAAUGCUGUUGAGCAGGCAGUCAAGAACGCCAUCGACAAUGGCGUUGUGACCAAGGACCUUGGCGGUAGUGCCAGCACCAAGGAAAUGGGUGACGCCGUUAUUGCGGAGCUGGAGAAAGUCCUGAAGAACUAA